CCGAGUCAGGCAUUUCCGGCACGUUGACUGACGUCGUUCUCGUUCAGCGAGCGAUGCUAGCACGUCUGCGCUAGCGCGCCGUCUCGUUAGCAUGUGGGCGCCAAUACGUUUAUUUCGAUCUUCCUUUGGCUUGUAGACUCCAGUUCCAAAUCCUGCAUUGUCGACCACACCAUGAGUACAUUAUGGAUGGGGAAUUUUCUAUGCUGCUCUGUAGCUGGAUGCUUAUAUGGACGAGAAGUUCAUCACCAGAGCCUUUUCUACCAUGGGUGAGCAGGCCGUCAGUGUUCGGAUCAUACGCAGCAAAGUUCCAGGUGCGCCACCAUCCAGCAGUGCAUUGGGUUAUUGUUUUGUGGAAAUGGCCGAUGAGGCCACAGCUGAAAGGUGUCUUCGUAAAAUAAACGGGAAAUCUCUACCAGGAGCCAGUCCGCCUACAAGAUUCAAGUUAAACCGAGCCACUUUUGGCAAACAAGAAACAGGUCAGAUGUAUUCUUUGUUUGUGGGAGAUCUCACUCCGGAGGUCGACGAUGGAAUGUUGUACGAGUUCUUCUACAAUCGAUUCCCUUCCUGUCGGGGAGGAAAAGUGGUGCUGGACAGUAUGGGAAACUCCAAGGGUUGCGGCUUUGUCCAGUUCCCAGACGAGCGCCUGCAGAAACGCGCGCUUGAUGAGUGUCAAGGAGCUGUGGGAUUGGGGGGUAAACCCCUGCGACUCAGCUUGGCAGCCAGCAAUUUAAGGAACAGACCGCUGCAGCCUGAGACCAAAGCAUGGCCGACAGGCACCGGCUACACGCCGCCGUACGACCAGUACAGCCAGUACCAGCAGCAGGCCUAUCCUAACUAUUACUCCUCCUGGGGCUACGAUCAGACGGCAGCAACGUACGGCUACACGUACCCGCAGUACGAUUACUCGCAGUAUGCCCAAUCGCAGGAAAUCGAUCUUCAGGAUGAUGGACUUGAAGAUCCGUCAGCAGAGCUGGAUGUGGUGGAAACAAACAAAAGGUUCUUCCAGAAUAGCGAAGAACUGUAUGAUGCUCUAAUUGACUGUCAGUGGAAAUCAGCAGAGUUCUCGGCAGAACAGGACGAACUGAUGUUAACCAUACCGGACCCACUUUCCUAGUAAAACCGGAUGCAGUCGCUUCAUGAGAAUUUAUUUACAGACAUCUGCUAGCUAGAGCAUUGACAGUAUGGACUUUAUUUAGAAAUCUCUAGGCAUACUUGUUGUCAGUCAAGUGGGCGAAGCGGAUCAUUUUGUUAGGACAAAAAUGCUUUUUCUUUCUUUCAUAUUCAAGUUGUGUCUAAGGUUUUUGCCAACAAAUUUAAGCUUGAUGUUAAAAUACAUCAUUGAAAAAUUGACUUCUGUUGCAUGUGUUUUGUUUGAUGUGUUUUUCAUUCUUUUGUCUUCAAUAAAUUUCUAAUUGAAAUUGU